CACAUAGGCAGACAUUACUUCACAGCGGAGAAGCUGAGCCCCAGUCCACCUUCCUGUGACAUUUCAUCAUGGUGGACCUGUUUGUUGACCGGGUGCUGGUGAAGAACAACACGGACCAGGAUGAGCUGGACACAGAACGGGAGAUCGUCAUGCGCCUGCAGAACCGCAUCCUGAUGCUCUAUUUUGCGUCUGCUGCAUGUGAAAGCUGCCAGCAGUUUGCUCCGACGCUCACCGACUUCUUUGAACGGUUGACAGAUGAAUUUUAUGUGGACCGCGGUGCUCAGCUUGUUCUCCUGUACAUUAGUUUGGACCAGUCAGAGGAACAGCAAGAAAGCUUCCUCAAAAAGCUGCCCAAGAAGUGCCUGUACCUGGCCUACGAGGACCCCUACAGGAGAGAGCUGAAGGCCAUGUUUAACGUGGAGGAGCUGCCCACAGUGGUGGUGCUGCGCCCCGACUGCUCCAUCCUCAUCCCUAACGCGGUGAAGGAGAUACUCUGCCACGGCCCAGACUGCUACCGCAACUGGCAGGAAGCAGCAGAGCUCAUCGACCGGAAUUUUAUGAUCAGCGAGGACUUUGAGGGGAAGUCCAUGCGCAGCUUGAGUGACCCUGUGAGAAGACUGAAGUACAAGGUGGAAGAUAAGAAGAAGAAAAAGAAGAAGAAAAAGGAAAGUGGGUGGGGUGGAGGUGGAGAGGAAGAUGCAGAAGUGGACGGAGGAGCGGAUGGCAAGGAUGGAGGAAGAGCUGAGCGGGAGAAAGGGAGGAGAGUACAGUGGGUGCGCGAGGGCGCGGAGAGACGGGAUGCGGGAGACGCAGUGAGCGAGGAGGAGGAGGAGGAGGAGGAGGAGGAGGAGGAGGGAAACCGGAGGAUUGACGAGGAGUGCAGGGAGAAAGUGGCAUAA